AUUUGAGUAGUUGAUGUUUCUGCAAUGAAUGAAGGGUUUUACCAUCGUUAAUAACCACCGGUUUUUAUUAUUUUCGACAGGAACUUAGCUGUAUGUAGCAGUUGUUGUACAUAUAAAGGACUAGGCAUGGGUGAACCUCCAGCACCAACGUUGGAAUCCUUGGGAGAGGAAACCCGUUAUUGGAAAGAGCUGGCUGCUAAACAUCAACAGAGUGCUCAGGAAGCACACGACGAGCUACAGGAAUUUCAGCAAAUGAGUCGAGAUUAUGAGACAGAACUUGAGACCGAGUUGAAACAAUAUGAAACGCGGAACCGGGAACUACAAUCCCACAAUGAACGCCUGAGUUCGGAGCUCGACAACAUCAAGGAAAAGUUUGAGGUACAACACUCGGAUGCAUUUCGGCAAAUGUCGAGGCUAGAAGAUGAACUUGCAGAGACUACGGCGGUAAAGGACCACCUGCAGAAAUACAUCAGAGAACUGGAACAGUCUAACGACGACUUGGAGCGGGUUAAAAGGGCCACAAUUAUGUCUUUGGAGGAUUUUGAGCUGCGGAUGAAUCAGGUUAUUGAGAGGAAUGCCUUCCUGGAGAAUGAGCUGGAUGAAAAGGAGAAUCUUCUUGAAUCAGUUCAGAGGCUAAAAGACGAAGCCAGGGAUCUAAAACAAGAGCUGGCUGUGACGCAGAAGCACGAUCACCCUCCGUUAAGAGUUUCCAAGGGAACAGACAAGCCAGAAAUGCCAUCACUUUCUGGUUGUACCUCUGUCCCAGCCACCCCUGUCAACCCAACUAGUUCCUUCUGCACCCCCGCAGGAACCCGUUAUAGAGGUGUAACCAUGUCUGGCACCCCUCUGACCACGUCCGCUCGUAUCUCCGCUCUCAACAUCGUUGGGGAGCUGCUGAGGAAAGUGGGGAACCUUGAAUCCAAGCUCGCCUCCUGUCGAGAUUUUGUUUUUGACACAUCAACUGGCAGGCCAGCCCUUCCUUCUGGGACUGCAUCUCCAGCCACCCACCAAGCCAGCCCUGACGUCCACUCCACCGGCCCAACCAUGCCUCCGUUUGAGAAAAGUUUGGUGAAACGGCUGGAAUUCGGACCUGCAUCCUCCCACUCGGCUUCAUCCCCCCUGCUGUCUCCACAAGGCGGGGUCAAGAUGCUGCUGUAGAGACUACACACUAUGGACCUCAAUUCCCUACCCAUUAUCCCAAUGGGGAUUUUUGUGUGUCUGUGUCUUCCGUACCUUGUGCAUCGCUUCAGUUGAAGUAUUUGAAAUGGCUUGUGCUCUUUCCUCUUUUGUGUCUGGUCACUUAAAGGAGUAAAGUAACAGGCUAGCUCUCUCAUGCUCUUUGCUUUCGCAUGUCCAGCUACUUUGGACUGAGGCAAGAGGGGUGAUUAGAAACAGAAGCUGGAACCAGAACCCAAAUGAAAACACUGACUGUCUCUAUGCACUUUCCCCCCCCAUGAACAGCUGUGCAUCUUUUGUAUCUUUACUUCAAAGUUCUCUCCAUGGAAACGCAUAUCCCUGUGUCUUUACACAUCAUCUAACCUCAUUUGCUCUCUGUGAGCCUCUCCUAAGUGGGACAGAGGCUUGUCAGGGGUUUAGCGUUAGCCUUUAGCCACCACUGCUGCCUUUUAGUAAGAUGUGUGUCUGUAGAAUGCUUCCUUGGAGCCAUAAGUCAGCCAUUCUUUAGCUCGUUGCAGUUAAGUUGCCUUGAUUGCUGAAGCUUAGGCGUUUGUGUGUUGCAA